CCGUGGGGAGGAGUGGCAGGCAGGGAAAGAGAGGGGCAAAAAACUGCCAGGGUGCGGUCAUAGUGCGCCGGUGGCAACUCAGAUCACUUUAAUUUCCGAUUCAAGUGGAAGACGUGCGCCAAAGGAGCUCGUUCAAAGACAGCAGCAGCCCUGCUGACAGCUGUCCUGGUCUGCGACGGAGUUACACCGUAUCACCCUCUCGCCUAGAGUCUGUUAGAUAAAUAAAUGGACUUGCCUGCUCAUUCUCAUUUCUGUGUUUUUCUCGAGAGACCAACGUUGCGCAUUCUAUGGGCACUGAACACUUGGUAUCACUGGAUCUUUUCUCCAGCGUCUCUCCAUGACAGUCUCUGCAUAAACCGACUCAACUUUUACGCGCUGACGAUGACGAGGAUAAGGGUGCACAAGAAGUAGAGAUUUUGUCCUUCACCCCCCAUAUUUUACCCCGUGGGGGGUAAUAAGGAUCUGCUGGGGGUAGUGUCUAAUUCAGCGGCAAGCUGUGCCACCGUACCGAUCGUGUUUGAGUGCCCGGCGGGUUGGGGUGGAAUGCGUCUCCCCGUGGUGUUUGGGUUCCUCGUCGGCUGCGCCCUGAUUUUCGCACCUGUUAACGAGGGCUGUGGGCCGGGGAGGGGAUAUGGAAAAAGGCGGCCUCCGAAGAAACUGACACCCCUUAAUUACAAACAGUUCAGUCCAAAUGUAGCCGAAAAGACACUGGGAGCUAGCGGGAGACACGAAGGCAAGAUAACCAGGAUCUCUGAGCGCUUUAAAGAGCUGACGCCGAAUUACAACCCCGAUAUCAUCUUCAAAGAUGAGGAGAACACAGGUGCGGAUCGACUCAUGACGCAGCGGUGUAAAGAUAAGCUGAACUCUCUGGCUAUCUCAGUGAGGAACAUGUGGCCCGGGCUGAAGCUCCGGGUGACUGAGGGAUGGGAUGAAGAUGGCCAUCAUUUUGAAGAUUCACUGCACUAUGAGGGCAGAGCUGUCGAUAUCACCACCUCUGAUCGCGACCGCAAUAAAUAUGGCAUGUUGGCACGUCUAGCUGUGGAGGCCGGUUUUGACUGGGUCUACUAUGAGUCCAAAGCUCACGUCCACUGCAGUGUGAAAUCAGAUCACUCUGUGGCUGCAAAGACUGGGGGCUGUUUUCCUGCAUCGGCUCUCGUCACUGUUGAGGAUGGUAGCAUGAAGAACAUGGAGAGCUUACAGCCUGGUGAGAGAAUACUUGCAUCAUCAGAUAGCGACGGCAGUGGACCGCUCAUUUACAGUGAAGUUAUCGCCUUCCUGGACCGCGAUCUUACCAUCCAAAAGCAGUUCUACACCAUCGAAACAGACUCUGGUGCUAAACUGACCCUGACGGCAGCCCAUCUCCUGUUUGUAUCUCAGGGGAACUGCUCCGGGCCUGUCGUGAGGGAAGAUCUGCAAUCUAUAUUUGCUAGUGAUGUGCUGCCUGGUCAGUGUGUGGUAUCCACACAAGGAGCAGGACAGCAGGGGCAUCUGUCCCGGGUCACUACGAUCCAAAUUCAGGUGGACAAGGGGGUUUUUGCUCCACUCACCCGCCAUGGCACAGUGGUGGUCAAUGGCAUAGUUUCCUCCUGCUAUGCAGCCGUGAACCAGCACUGGCUGGCUCACUGGGCUUUUGGCCCACUCAGGGUACUCUAUAGCUGGGGAGGGCCAGUUGGACAUCAGGCUGUGGGGAUACACUGGUAUUCUUCACUGCUCCACUGGGUCGGGACUCAUGUGCUAGACCCAACACAUUUCCACCCCUGGAGCAUGAUGGACAAUGACAGAUGAAAGGGAAGGGGGGGGUGAGAAUGUCUCUAGAAAAAUAAAUGUUCAGUCAUUAGGGGGAAGGAACUCAAUGGAUGGGAACAAAGGAUCUAAAAGAAGGGAAUAGGAAAAGAAUGGAACCUAAGAAGGAAGUGAGGAACAAAUUCUGAAAUGAAGAACAGAGUCAUUUAUGAUCCUCAAUAGACUCUACUAUUAAAAGACUAAUAGGAUACAGCAAUUCUGUGGGUCGACUCUCAUUUGAGGAAAGAAGUGGACAUGAACAAACUGAUUCUUUAAAACCCAUUUGUAAAAAAUAUUUAACACACCUUUUUCAAAUGGGUUUGCCAACACUGGAACAUUCUCACAUAUAUACAAAGACGCACACGUUUUUACAUAGUUCUUUAUCAUUCUACACACACACACACACACACACACACACACAUGUUAAAUAUGAAUAUCAUUAUAGUCACUGAAGUAAUGAAACAGGUAAACUACACAAGAAUUUGCUCAUACUCAGGUAUGCAAUGACUCAACAUCAGGAAAUCAGCCCAACCCUACCUGAUAAGGUUGGGGUUGAUUGAAAAGAAAUGAGACUGGAAGGCACACACAAAUGCACCCUCAGAAACGUACACUUAAAGACAGCUUGGGGAAAAAAACACGCAACGUCUUUGCCACAUCAGAACAGUGUCUUAUCAAACUACAAAGAAACCUGCUGUACUUUCAGGUCCAUUAGGGUUCAUAACUGUUUUGUGUUUAUUCAUAUGCUCACAGUACAUGUUUCUUACUGUAAAAUUGGUGGUGUCUUUCCCAGCUUAAUCAAGUAUUUAAUGGUCACAUUGUACACUGUAUUUCUACAUCUAGCAUACUUAAGGGUUUGAGUACACAACGUUAAUGAAGGCUUCAUUCAAAAAUACAAUUACAGAAAGGGAUUACUCAGUGCAAUGUGUAGUAAUGUUAUAAGCAGCAGCAUUUAUGCCAGUUUAUGUAGUACAUAUGUGUGCUUUAUGCCGUAAUACUCAUAUUUCCAGUACAAUUUACUGUAUUUAUCUGUUCUGUGGCAUUAUUUACAUUUUACUUAAAUAUGUCAGAAAUUAUAUAAUAUUUGUACAACUAUUUAAAGAUCUAU